AUGCUGGGCGGGGGGCCCCAGGGCGCCCCGGCCGGUGCCGGUAGGGGCCACCGCGCAGGCAGCUCUCAAGAUUGCUCACCACCUGCAGCGUGUUUUCGGAGGAGGCGGCUGGCACGGAGGCCGGGCUACAUGAGAAGCGCAGCUGGGCCCAGGAUCGGGUUCCUCUCUCCGCCAGUGGGCGCUCCGUUCCGGGCCAAGGGUGGGGCGUGCAGCGAGGAGUCUCAGCGCCCUGAGUCCAGGGCCAGCCCGUGUGGCCUUGACCCUGGAGGCCAGUGGCGAGGUCGCUCAGUUGGGAGCCUCAUUCCCAGGAGCACGGCUGCCUCAGCUCUGGCCUCCGUAGGGCACCGAGGACCGGCUCUGACGGCCGUGAGAGGAAGCCCAGGGCUCCUUGGGGCUCAGCCCCGAGCUGGCACUGCCCUGCCCCAUAGGCUCAGCAGGCUGUGUGGCCCCAGGGCCACUGGCUGUCAAGGGGAGUUGCUGUCCAUGGACACUCGCGAGGCCCCGAGCCCUUGCCAGGAAGCCUGGGACAAAGGCUGUCCAUCCCCGGAGGACGUGAGUGACACCAGCUGCAGCCUCGGGAGUGGCCCACAGGCCCCCUCUGUCCCUGCCAGCUCUCAGGAUGUCUUUACCUCCAGCUUUAGUUUCAUUCGCCUCUCCUUGGGCUCUGCCGGGGAGCGGGGAGAAGCAGAAGGCUGCCCACCCUCCAGAGAGGCUGAGGGCCCUCAUCAGAGCCUGAAGGAGAUGGAGGCCAAGGCUGCCAGCUUGGAUGGGCCCCACGAUCAUCCUCAGCUCCUCUCUCUCCCCUUCACUCUCAAGGCUUCUCAGAGCCUGGCAGACGCUUCCCAGACCUCGGGGGGCAGCCCCGGGCUGGAGUGCCAGACUCUUCCAUUGUUGGACACGGAUGCUGCCUCCUCCUGCUCCCUGGAUCCCUUGUGGUUUGAGGCCAGCAGCCCCGGGGAUGCUCACCGGUGGGACCCCCUGCUCAGCAAAUGUGAGCCAGCACUGCUGCACUGUCUGCAGGGCCAGCGGAGACGGCUGGAGGUAAAAUCCUUAAGAUUAAAGCUUCAGAAACUUCAAGAUAAAGCAAUUGAAGAAGAUGAUUAUGAUAAGGCUGAGACGAUCCAACAAAGAUUAGAAGCCCUGGAGAAGGAGAGAAGCAGCCUGCACUUUCAGCUUCCUUCGCGACAGCCUGCCCUCAGCGGCCUCCUGGGCCACCUGGGGGCUCAGGCCCGGGCUUCCCUGCGCCAGGCAGCUCAGCGAGCUGGCAGUGACGACCCCCAAGCCCGGCUGAGAAUGGAUCCACAGAUGUCGGAAGCCGCUGCUCAGGACAGUUUGCGAGUGUCCAUCACCAGGCGAGACUGGCUUCUCCAAGAAAAGCAGCAGUUACAGAAAGAAAUUGAGACCCUCCAAGCCAGGAUGUCUGUUCUGGAAGCAAAAGAUCAACAGCUGAGAUGGGAAAUAGAGGAGCAGCAGCGGCUUCUCCCGUGGCAGGGCUGCGACCUCGUGGGAGGACUGUCCCUGGGCGAGCUGCAGGAGGUCACCAAGACCUUGCAGGACACCCUGGCCUUGGCCGAGCAGAUUCCCCUCCGCGCAGAGCCACCUGAAACCAUCCGGAGCCUCCAGGAAAGGAUAAAGUCCCUCAGCUUGUCACUUAAAGAAAUCACUGCUAAGGUGUGUAUGAGUGAAAGACUCUGCAGUGCCCUGAGAAAGAAGGUUAACGAUAUUGAAACCCAACUGCCAGCGUUGUUUGAAGCCAAAAUGCUUGCCAUCUCAGGAAGCCAUUUCCGUACAGCCAAGGAGCUGACGGAGGAGAUCAGAUCUUUGACUUUGGAGAGGGAAGGGCUGGAGGGACUUCUCCACAAGCUGUUGGUACUGAGCUCCAGGAACGUCCAAAAGCUGGGAAGUGUGAAAGAAGCUUACAGCAGACUCAGGCAAGAACUGGACCAGGGGAGAACUGCCUAUGAAACCAGUGUGAAGGUGAAUACUAUGAAGUACAUGGAAAUGCUUGAGGAGAAACUGCACAGCUGCAAGUGUCCGCUGCUUGGAAAAGUGUGGGAAGCUGACUUGGAAGCUUGUCGGUUGCUUAUCCAGAGCUUGCAGCUCCAGGAGGCCAGGGGCAGCCUGUUUGCAGAUGAGAGACAGACGGAUGACUUAGGGGGAGGUGCUUAUACAGUGGCUCUGGCCACCCCCCUGAGGUCCCACCCUGAAGAUGAAAGGAAGACCCCUUUGCAUGCCUUUGAAGAGUGGAUGGUGCACCUGACUCCCUCUCCUCACAGUGCUAGCAGUGAACAGAAAGAGGAAUCCUACAUCUUUUCGGCAGAACUUGGAGAAAAAUGUGAAACUAUAGGCAAGAAACUAUUGUACUUAGAAGAUCAACUGCACAUGGCAAUCCACAGUCAUGAUGAAGAUCUCAUUCAUAUCCUUUUAAUCCCCCAGAUGAAGCACCUGUUAGGCUACUUUGUAGAAGAAGGUCUUAAAAAUUUGCACAGUUCUCAUAUGCCUCAGCAGAUGGAAACAAAUAGAUACUCCUGGUAUUUAGAGUUCAACACACCUCUGAUCUCUGAGAUUAUUCAGUAUGUGAUAUUUUCUCUCUAG